AUGUCUGCAAGAACUCAAAGAAGUGGAACAAUUAAAAAUAAAUAUAUUCCGGGUGACAUUACGAGUUUUAUUAAUCAACACCCAAGUCGAAGUGCGCUUUACACACGUCAAGAGAGUCAGGAAAAAGUUGAGAGUCUAAAAAAUGGAGCACAAAGUUUGACUGCUGGGAUGAAUAAAAUUAGUUUGGAGCCAAUAUGUACGCCAAUGAACAAUUUUCAUCCAUCAAAAUCAAGUUCAAAUAAAUUGAAAGACGCAAGAGCAAAAUCGGCUUUUGCUGCUGCGUAUCACAACUUUCAAACAGCUAAGAAAAUGGCACAAGAGAAUUUAGAUCACCAACCUCUUCCCGAUGCUAUUUUGGAUAAGAAUUUUACAGAGUUACAAGCGCAAGGUGACCCAAAUCCUGGAUUAGGUCUUGAUGUUCAACUCACAACUACUGGAAUUGGCUACAAAGGUUAUAAAGUCGGACCAACUCAAUGCACCAAACUCAAAGUAUAUCGCCCUAAGACUUGUGGAGUGUUGCCGAAGCAUCUCGAUAAGAGUACAAUGAGUGAAGCUAUCAAUGGUGAACAAAUAAAAUUGGGUCCUAAAAUUGGGCCCAUGGAUUUAGCGAUCGGGUGGGAUUAUCGACCAAAAAAUCGUGAACCGAAAUUGCCGAAACAUAUUGAUGGAUCUAACGAUAUUGUGGCAUCUGUUUUCACUUUGGUACCGCAACAAGUUCCUGAAAAAGAGAACAUCAUGCAGUUUGAACGGGCUGAAGGUGUUUUUCACAACACUCAAGGUGAAAUUGACUUCUUUGAUCGCGAUUUAAUAUUGAAACGAAAAGAUUAUCAAAAGAAAUAUGAGAAAGAACGGGAAUGCACAUGUGGAACUGACGUUGCAAGUUUUUCUAAUGUGCCUGGUAGUGAAAGUAUCGCAAAGAAAAAUCGACCAAAAACUUCAAAGUCUGAUUCUGCUGUUUAUAUGACGUACGGUAAAGAUCGUCGUUGUAAAAGUUCACCAAAUUUGUCAAUGAUUGUCAAUCCAAGGACUAACACAGAGAUUGGAAGUAUCACAACAGCUGUUGAGGAUCCAAGAAAAAUUCCAGUCAACAAUCUUCCAAUUGAAACAAAUGAACAGAAAAAAGUUCUGCAACAACCACGUUAUGCACAUCCAACAAUUCCAAGAAUGUGUCAUCAAAUGCGUCAUGAUUAUGAGAAAAUGAUGAAGAAAUAUUUCUUAACCAACGAAUUAAUGAAGCUUGAUGAAAACAAUAAUUGUUCGUUUUCUUCUCCAACUCCACCAAUAUCGAAGAAACCUCAAGUGAUUUACGUGCCUCGACCAAAACAACCAUACAAGAAGAAAAAUUAUCGAAUUGAAAGCUUAGCUCCACCAUUCUCAAGUUGGACCGGUCGCGGAGAUGAGUUUCCUAAUCACUUGAGAUUGUCAAGUAUUUAUCAACAAGCGUAUAAACCUGUAGAGUCUAGAAAGCGUCGCUUUUUGCAAGCAAUUCAUCGAUGA